AUGUCGCGCGCAAAUCAGUGGUUUGUGCCUGGCGAUGGAAUCGCGAGAGAAGUCAUCACGGCCGACAUCCAGCGCUACUUGGGCCCAGAUGCGCUCGUCAGGCCUGGCACAGGCACCGGAGAGUACCAGGGCCAGCCAGGCUACUGGAUAACCGCUUAUCGAACUCUUACAUCGCAAAUGAUACAGGAUUUGAAAAUGGAUUCACAACGUUGGCAACAGGAACGCCAGCCAGGCGAAAUUGGACGUGGAGGUAGCCAUAGUCCUCAAGUGCGCACUACUAAACCAGGGGGCCCUAACGCUUCAUUAGUGGCUUAUCAGGAUUCCCGUACACAUGCUGCUCGUCAGCAUUGGGGUCCGACGAAACCGUACGAACACGGCUCGUCUCAUGCGGCGGCGGAUCCCUAUGAUCAGCCUCCUCGCCAGUCGUCAACGUCGUCUAGAGCGACGACGUAUGCGUCUUCAGGCUAUGGUAGCAGUGAUCCCCAUUACACCACGACUCCCACAUCCGUGUAUGGAAGCUCGCAUCCAGGAUACCAGACUUCACCUGCUUCUGCUGCACCCAGGACUCAGCCAGCGGAUCCAUACUCAUCUUACCAGCAGCCCAGUGGAAGAGAUUACCCUGCGCAAUCUGCUUAUUCCUCUUACCCAGCGCAGACUCCAGACCCAUAUGGACGCCAGCCGGCUACCCAGACGACUCCAUACUCUAAUCCAAGUGCCGCAGCAGCCGCUCCUGGCUACUACAUUGCCUCGGAUGGUCGUCAAUAUCCCUUAUCGCAACAGCCACAAUCAUCGCGCAAUCCACAGUCCGGCACCUCUAGGUACAGUACGAGAUAG